AUGAAGGAAUAUGAAAAUUUUGAAAUGCUGAAAAAGAAAUUCAGCCCAUUACUUUUUAUUUUUCGAAAAGAUGAAGAAAAUGAAAUUAAAAAGUAUACAAAGAAGUGUACCUUGGUAAAUAUUAUAAAAAAUUACAAUGGACAGAAUCCAACUGAAUAUACAAGUAUGGUGGAGAAUAGAUCAAAUAUUUUUAUGAAAAAUAAAUUCGUGAAUUAUUUUGAGAAGCCUCUUGGUAUUUUUAACAGAUUUUAUAGUAACAAUAACUUUUCAGAAAAAAUGAAAUUGCUUAAUGCAAACAACAUAAACAGAAAUAAUGAAUCGGCAUAUCCAUAUAAUAGAGUUUUAAAUAGAAAUAUCUUAAAUUCAAAAUAUUUCCCCAACAUUUUAAAUAACAACAUUGCUAGAUAUGAAAUAGAUGAAGAAACUGAUUUUGCCGAUUUGGAAGAGGAUUACGUGGUUGUGAAAAAAGUGUACACCUAUCUUCGGGAGUUUGAAAGCAUGUACAUGUACAUUUACUAA